AUGGCGGCUGCAGACGCUUUUGGUCGCGUUAUGUUAGAACUAAUGGAACAUGUGCUGUCGAGCUCAUCGGAGAGCCGAUCUCAAGAAAACAUUGAAAGAAUUCUACCAAUGUUCAGAACCAGGACGCCUCUGUUUUACAACCUCAGUACAGGUAAGAACUUUACUGUAAGAACGUUUUCAGUAAAUAACACACGGCAGUGAGAGUGAGAAUUUAGGUAUGACCACCUAGCAUUUUCUCUCUCUCCCAUAAAGGGUGGAUGCAGUAGUCCAGUAGUCUUUACUCCUGUACGAUUGCAUUAUGUCCUUAAUGCAAAGAUAAUGUUGUUGAGAAAAACGAAAUUAAGAUCUAAUUUAAAAAUAUAUAUCAUUUUUCUUUAUUUAUGGAUUACAAUGUUAACUUCUGUGAACGUAAUUUCUUCCCAAUUUCCGAGUUUGUUUAUUUAUUUAUUUAUUUAUUUUAUUUUAUGUUUAGUUUAUUUUAGUUUUUCCUUUACCGUCUCAUUGUGAAACAACACCAGUAUACCGUAAAGUGUUCUUCAACAAGGAAGGCCUAGGAUGAAGGCGUCUCGUGAUCUAGAACUUGUCUGAGGAUACUGACUUAUGCUGUGAGCCCCCGGGCACUCAGCACACCAAUCUUUGGGUCUCCUAACUGUAAUUCCAUGGGUGUCCUGUUGCUAUUUAUGCCAUACAAUCUGGAUUAUGUUAACGUUUGUCACGAUGAUUUUUAGCAAGUAUGUCAAGCGGUGUUAUCAUAACGUAGCUUGAAAUUCAUUUGCGUCAGUCUAAUUGCGCCAAGUUUCUCGCAUUUUGGCGCGCCGCAACAAGUCUCAAAUUAGUUUUGAAUGACUGUAAACUGACCUAAACUAUCUAAUAAAGAACCAAAUCACAAAGAACAUGUGAUUAAAGUACCCUUUUUGGUUUGAUUGAUUCAAACAGUGGGUGAAGUUAGCAAAAUGUUGAAUGUCAGUAAUUACUUGCAUGUGUCUUGACGUUUUACUACCUGGCAUCUGCUUGCAUCGGUUUACAAUAUAUAGCCCCUAGUUUGUUAUUACUUUUUUAAUUGGCUAGGAGCCACUACUCUCGUGCAACCCAGUGGUUAGCAUCCAAACCAGAAAGAGCUCUGAUUUGUUUUCUUGGGCCGUCGUCUUUGUUUACGCUGAAAUAAAACGUUUGGGGUCGUUCGAGCAUUCGGCUCGGUAAGCGAAAGGGUACCAAAAGCCGAGUUCUACAUUUUCACUUCAGUCAUCGUUAUGCUUCCUCCGAUUAUUCUAAUAAAAUCCUACCAACUAACAACCGGAAAAGUUUGUGGUUUAAAUGGCCAAACCUUGGACAUGGUUGCGUUAAAAUAAAAACAAGGCAAACUCGGUGUGGGCAGUGUUUUAGUAUCACAAAACUUCGCGGUUGCGCUCGGGCAAGAAGCUAAAAAGCAAUGAAACAAUAUAAACGCUUAUUAAGACGCCAAAACAAGAAAUUUAACAGGACUAUUAACCGGAGGUCAACUCUUACCUCCCAACAAGACCACCCGUGAAAAAGAAAACAUUUUUGUAUUCAAGUACGAGUAAGGUCAAAAUAUCAAAACAGGAAAAUAAAAACCCAUCGGGGCAAAAUACUGGCUAACCUUGACCCACUCAAUUGAACAGAGAAGGACUGUAAAAAUAAGACAGAUUUAAACUGAAUAACUUUGUCAGAAGAUGACUGUACUGCACAGGUUGUCGAAACGUCAGUCACUGUCAACAAAAACAGUCCUAUUCAGGACUACGUUCACCCAGACGAUGAACCUCAAGCUACUUUUGAAAUGACUCCUGGGUUCAAACCUUUCACAGUUUGUCAGAGUACUUCACAAAAUUUCUGCAGCUAACGAUAUUAGAGUUCUUUGUUCUAGCGAUAAUGGUCACUUUUUUAUUUCAAAGAUAUAUUGGUGGACAUUGCCAAAAAUGCCAACCUAAGAAAAGUCAAGAGAGACCAUGUGAUAGUAUGGCAGGGACAGGAAGGAAAGCAGUAAGUACUGAAACUGCAGAACAUUUUACAAUACUUUAGUUGAUUCUUCAGUUGAUAUCCCUAGGGAAGAAGGGGGAGCUCCAAAAACUGUGGUAUCCGCCCCUGAACAGGAUUUGGUUUUCCGCAGCGCCUUGAGUGUUAAACAGGGUAUACACUUUCACUAUUUAGCGUCUUGAACAGAGUACCUUUUUCUAACCGAAGCCUUCAAAAGAGAGUGAAGUAUGGCGAUAAGUGGUCCUACAUUUGGUCAUUUCCAUCUUCCCAAAAAUAUCUAAUUCCGUAACUUAAAAAAGGGGAGGUGUCCCAAAACCUUUUGGCCAGGUUUGUAGGUAGCGAAAUGAACAAUUUUUAUCUUAAUCAGUUUUACUUUGUAUUUGAGGGCAGUUUUUCCAAGUACAAGCCCCCGGGGGGCUUAUAUUUGGAGGGGCGAUUUAACGGAGGGUUUUUUUAAUUAUCGGAUUGGGGAGGCUUGUAUUUGGAGGGGCUUAUACAUAGAGGGGCU